AGGCAAGACUUGUCCCCCUAGAAGGCACAGUGAACCCGCCUGUCCUCGCACUGCUUACUAUCUUGGGCUCGGCUCUCCUUAUCUGACUGGGUCUAUCGCUUAUGAUCCCCGACAUAGUACGACCGACCAGCCACUUCUGCACGCUGCGCCUGCUUUAACAUGGUCUUUUGUGGCAAGCCAAGCAAAGGCUGCGGGGAAUGCCGCUCUCGCAAGAUCCGGUGUGACCAGGCGCGGCCCACCUGCUCUCAGUGCGCCAAGGGCAACCGGGUCUGCCCCGGAUACCGAGAUGAACUGUCCUUGAUGUUCCGAGACGAGAGCCAACAGGUCGUUCGGAAGGCACGGACCGGGGCCACAGCGCGCAGGGCUAAACCAGCCAGCAAGUCCGGCCCGACUGGUCGGUCUGGAACCCCUGCUGGGCGCACUAGGAGUAAUAGCACUACCAACAGCCCCAGCGCCGCAUCGGGGGCCAGUGACAUAGUGGACUUCAAUGAAAAUGCACAGCUACAACGGGAGCUCAUCACCCGACGCUCUCUCGACCUACAACCCUCGUACCAACCAAGUAGAAACGAAGCCAUCUGCUUUUUCUUGCGUCAGAAUGCUUGGAUUGGAAGCGUAUGGAUGAGAUCGGAUUCCGCGACGGAGUUCAUCCUAGACAUGCGGACCUCGCCCAGCCAGCAGGCUAUGAUGGCUAGCAUGGCGUCCACUGGGAUGGCUAUGCUCUCCCGUGCCAGGCGAUCCGUUCCGCUACGGAUCGCGUCUGAGAAGGAGUACGGGCAUGCAUUGCAACUUCUUACUUCUGCUGUCACCGAUGAGAAAGAGGCUAGGGAUAACUCGACUCUGGCCGCAGUCCUGUUAUUGGCGAUUUUUGAGGUUGUCUCCAGUAGAGCUCCGCAAAAUCUCGAUAACUGGACGAAUCAUAUCGCCGGGGCCGCUGCACUUUUGGAGCUGAGAGGCGUGGAACAACUUCGGAAAGCGGAAGGACUCAAGCUGUUCUUGCAGUUACGAUAUCAGAUAAUAAUUAGCUGCUUACAACGAGAGGCUCGAGUGCCUCAAUCAGUCCUUGACUGCACGAGGGUCGCCCAAUUUCUGCGGCCGCAGACCGAGGCUUACAGCGACCGUCUGAUCAGUAUAACUGGCCGACUGGCCAAUCUUCGGGCGGACAUUCGUGAUAAAGUCAUCACCGAUAAUCAAGACAUCCUGACCACGGUGUAUAGCAUCGAAGGCGAGUUGAUGACAUGGCUCGCGGCUCUGCCGUCCCGAUUUCUCUACACCACUAUCGAGAGUCCUUGGCCUACCCAAUCCAACUGGGGUCUCACGUCGUACAACAACCGAUAUCACGUAUACCAAGAUUUAUGGCUUUCCCAUGCGUGGAACCAAUACCGCUGUGCUCGAAUCAUGAUCAGCGAAUAUAUCCUCACCUAUACAUAUCGACUGAACCUUUGCAUGACUCUCUCACCUGAUCUUAUUAGCCAUCACGCGCAGGUCCGCGAUCAGGCCAAAAAGCUCGCUCUCGAUAUAUGCGCCAGUGUGCCUUAUCACUUUAGCGCUGACCUCGUCACUGGCGAGGCCACUACAUUCAAUACAGUGGCCCUCGAACAUGGCUUCAUUCGCGGGAUGAUUCUGCUGUGGCCUUUAUUCUUGGCUGGUGCCACCGAGCCGAAGGACCAUUCUUUACGCAGAUGGGUGGUGGAUUGUUUAGCGCUUAUUGGUAACCGCAUGGGCAUUGACCAAGCUCUGGCCCUGAUAGACAUUUUGGAAGGUGGUGAGACGUUCGAUGUACUUGGACAAACUGACGACGCACGUAUAAUCGAAAGGGUCACUGCACCUCAUUGAGACUUUCAUGCAGAUGGCCACCAUACCCUAAGAUGCCUUUGUUUUGUGUCCACACCACAUUGCAUCAUGAGGAAGAAGCCGUUUGUCCAUAGAUAAAGUUAACCCACAGCCUUGAAGGUUGGUACGAUUCGAUGUUACUAUUUAGUCACGAACGGCAAUUACUUUUUAGUCUGGUCUGACAUGAGUGCAUAAAUUACCAGUGGCGGGCGGGCUCACUGACAUAUGU